AUGAGCGUUCUGGUUGAGACGUCGCUGGGUGACAUUGUGAUUGACUUGAACGUUGAGCACGCUCCCAUCGCGUCGCUCAACUUUCUCAAGCUCUGCAAGCUCAAGUACUACAACUACUGCCUCUUCCACAACAUCCAGCGCGACUUUAUUGUGCAGACGGGCGAUCCAACCAACACUGGUCGCGGCGGAACGUCGGUCUUUGGAAUCAAGCACACCAUCAUUCUCGAUGACCCGUUUCCGGAUCCGCCAGGCCUAAGAGUUCCAGACGAGUCGCCUUUGCCUUCCAAGGAGCAAUUGGAGACUGGACGACUGGCAGAAGAUGAGGAGAUUAACGUGUGGCAGGGCAGGAGCGACGAGGAAAUCGAGGAAGCCAUCAAGGAUCGCGAAAUGUACGCCGGCGCUCAGAUUCUCGAGAUGGUCGGCGAUCUACCAGACGCCAACAUUCGGCCACCCGAGAAUGUGCUGUUUGUCUGCAAGCUCAACCCCGUCACCAAGGACGAGGACUUGCACGUCAUUUUCAGUCGCUUUGGUGACAUUCGCUCGUGCGACAUUAUUCGCGAUCCCGUCACCAACGAGUCGUUGUGCUACGCCUUCAUUGAGUUUGAGCGUGAAGCGGACUGUGAGGAAGCCUAUUUCAAGAUGGACAACGUGCUGAUUGAUGAUCGACGCAUCAAGGUUGAUUUCUCGCAGUCCGUCGCGCGUGUCGGAGGCCAGCAACUGGAUCGCAUGGCGCGCACCGUGACAUGGUCUUUGAGCACGACCACUAUGCCGAAAACUCCUCGUCGAGCAAGCGGGCACGAAUGGACACUGAGCCUGCAGCACGCGAUCGACAGCACUCGUCACACUCUGGACACGACCGAUACGAGAAUGGCGGUCGAGACUACCGAAGCGAUUCGCGCGAUCGCGAGCGCUCCUCCCGCGACAGCCGCCGGGAUGCUCCUAGUGGAUCGAGCAGCAGCAGUUCCUCGUCGCAUCGAUCCUCGCAUGAUGGAGAUCGCGAUCGGCGGUCUUCAAGUGAUCGUGAUGGAGAUCGCGAUAGGCGUUCCUCAAGCGACCGUGAUCGAUACUCGUCGUCGAGCGGCCGAGCCGGCCACGAGCGUCACGAUCGGGAUCGCCACUACUCGUCGUCUUCGUCUUCGAACGAUCGUCACUCGUCGUCGCGAGAUUCGGAUGAUCGUCGACACCGGUAGGACCUGGAACUUGUUUUUCUGA